AUGAGCUUGGACCAGAACCUCUUCACUCUUCACCUCACCCAACACAAGGAUCAUCCUCAUGUCGUGGACCUUGUCGACCCAUCUGGCGUUGUCCACUAUCGGAAACAGAGAAUACUUGGCAUUCCAGAAUAUAAAGCAGAGGUGUACGAUCCGAUGUCAGAAUCCUUGCUUAUAACAGCAUCUGCCCCGUCGGCGACAAGUAAAGCAAAGAUUUUGGAACUCUGCAAUCCGACUUUGGUCGUAGAAAUCAAGUACACAGGUACUCUUUCCUUCAAGUGGGGGUUCAAGUGGGAAGACCACGAAUUCGAAUGGAAGCGCGAACAAUGCUUCUUGCUUCGGAAGCCAGACCCUCCCGUUCUUGUUGCAAUUACAAAAGAGACCACUGGUCGCUUGAAGAGCACAUCGGUACAAAUUCUGGAUUACAACUUGAAUCGAUUCGAUAUCGACGACCGGAAGGGUCUAGAGAUUGUCAUUUUAACUGCUCUACUCACCUUCCAGGAUGCCAACGAGACCCUUCAUACCCCAGAGGGAUCGCAUGAGUCAACGCCAGCAUUGUCAAGGAAAGUAUCCGGAGUCGCCCCUGUUCCCCAUCCCGUUGUAAUGACGAUGGACGAUCGACCACCGAUGCCACCGCCAAAACCCGCACCAAAAACUGGGAUUGAUAGGAUUGCUGAGUUGCAAGCCAUCAAGGGAGACUACAAUGAGAUAACAAUCGAUGAUGAAGGAAGUGUCCAGGAUUAUGCCCAAUAUUGUAGUAAUCUUCUUCAGGAUGAUGCCAUGCUGUUCAUCACUGUCAAGUCUGACGAAGCUGAACAUGUACCCAAAGUUCUUCAAGUUGUAGAAGAAACGAAGCGUAUUCGUCACAAAGCCGGGCUAUCCGAAGAAGAAGAAUUACAUCAAUAUGUGCUUUAUGAUACCAUACAAUCAAAGAAAGGUCCAAGACGCAUCAACCUUGACGAUGAUGGCAAGAACAAGAACAAGUACACCCCGCCAAAUAGCCUCACCAUCCAUUUAAGCAAGAUUUCGAUGCCGGAGCUACAGCCAAAAGCUAGCACCCCACAGGACAAAACCACCAAAGAUGGGAAAAAGGGUUGGUGGAAUUGA